AAGGUCGUCGCCAUCACGCAGCGCCAGCUGGCCUUCGUCGUCGCUAACGUGCUCAUGGGCAACGGGCUGUCGGGGGCGCGGGACGGCCUGUCCGGGGCGCUGGAGCACUGCGGCACCACGAGCUCGACGGCUUACAUCUACUCCCUGCUCUCGCUCCUCGCGGUGCUGUCCCAGGAGCUCCACGGCGGCCAGCACGGCACGGUGAUCGUUGGGGCAACGCCCCGCCAUAGGGACGACAGCUGGAGGAGCCUCCUUGAGAGCAGCACCCUUCAGGAGCCGACGUUGUGCUUCGAGAGCGAGGGAGGACAGACGGACUGCGGCCUGCCCGACUUCAUGUCGGGCGGCACGGACAACCAGGCCCUCACGGACAUCGCCGGAGGCGUCGUCGGCGGCGGAGGCCAGCUGUGCGACGUAGCGGACUCGCAGGACGAGUCCCUGGUGCAGUUCUACAGCGAGGUGCUCGCCUUUUCCUUCUACGUGUCCAGCCAGAAGAUGCUGCCCGUGCCUUGGGCCCUGCUCGGCACCCGCAGCUACCUGCGGGGCCUCACCGGCUCCACGGGCGAGAACGGCAAGUGCGGGUCGAUCCUCGACGACAACUGGCUCAAAGACGACCCGCCACCAACCAUCACGCCGGUGAGCCUCAACGGCGCCACGGCGUACAUGAUCGCGAGUUCUUUCGUGGCGGUCGCCUCGAAGGGAGGAGAGAAGUGCCCGGUGGAGCUGGCGAAGAACAACAAUUGCGCCAGCCAGCGGCACCACGUGGACGAGGACCUGGGCCUCUGGUACCAGGCCUUCUCCCGCGACAUGUACAACGAGGUGGUGCGCCCCGCCUUCGGCGCCAUCGUGAGCAGCGUCGGCACCGGGCCCUGGGGCGCUGGGGUCUGGUGGGGAGACAGCCACCAGUAUUUCCUCGCGGUGUGGCUGGCCACAUCCCUGCUAGGCGGCACACGGCUGGACUACUACGUCUACAGCCACUUCUGCGAGAACCCGGGCAACCAGUGCUUCGUGCUGGGGGCGGACGGCUGCAAGGACUGCAUCCAGAGGGCCGGCAACACGGGCGUGGACCCCGCCUACUGCGGGUCGGCCAGCGUCCAGGAC